UUGUGGCGCUCGCGAUCAAAAUUCAGCGAAGAUGGCAUCUUCGUCAGUGAGAGCAAUUAAGGUCAUUCAAAACAUUCUUCUUGCUUUCAGAAAAAAAUCAAAGCCAUCUAAUGACGCUCCGUUAGACAGACUUAACGACUCCAAUAUCGUGGCACCAAAGGCCGUCAAGCCACAUUACCCCCUGAUAAAAUUCCGGAAAAGCGGCGCGAGAUCGGACCAAGUUUUGGCAGGUCAAACGCCACCGACGGCUACCGCGACGGCUACCAAAGCUACCAGCGCCUCUGCGCCUCCGUCGUCCAAGCCCAUUGGUAGCACGGCCAGGGGUACAGGCAUCGACGAGUCUCAACUACCCGCCCGCUACGCGAGAAAACCGCUAUCACAGUACGAGGGUGACUACAUCCAGAGAGGAGGACCGGAGUAGCCAGAGCCACUGCUUAGAUUCUGUAAAUACCAGAAGAAAGCUCGGAAGAGAACUUUUUUUUCCUACCUCUCCGAGACCCCCGAAACGAUGUAGAGUUUACGAAGGCUAGAGAGAAAUUGCGAAGCAAUGUAAAUAUCUGCAAAGUCGAAUAUUUCUGCAACCGCCAUCUGUGCCAGUCCUGCUUCAGUAAUUGAGAUGAGCAGACCCAAGAACCAAAGCGGUUGUCCUGUUACGGAGCAAACAAAGAAACAAAGCGAUCUGUUACUGUUUU